CUGGGUAUAUAUACAGAUUGGUAUGGUUACAAGUCCAUUUUGUAAAGAACGAGUGUGUGAAUCAGAUUGUUGCAUCUCGUAGGAUAGCAUGUAUUAUCAAAUCCUUGUUAUUUUCUGUGUGCUGGUGUUUCCCACGCCAAGUAAUGGGUUCUGUGGUUCUCGAAAACUUAAUGGAGACCUGGCUCGCUCCUCUACUAGAGCAGCCGAGUUUCUUCGCGGAAAACUGGAAGAAAACUUCCGUUUUGACCCAGAAUAUACCCGCGCUGUCGUCAUCAGGUCUCUUCGUCUGGCAGGCUACACAGUAGAUAUGCUCAACAAUCUUGGAACGAAUCUAGACGACCUUGCAAACGAACUUCAUCAGCAAGGACUUGGGAAAAUCUCGACAGGACGUAUUGCCUAUUACGUCCAGGGAGUCCUUUCUAUUUGCCAAGACCCGAGAGCGUUCCAUGGACAUAACUUGAUUAAACGUCUUGAAGAUGGUAUAAAGGCGUAUCCUGUUGUUGGAUUCAACCAUCCAUUUCCAUACAGCCUUGCAGUAUUGUCCCUGUGUAUGAGUGGGCAUGGAGAAGCCUCUUACUCCGAGUAUGCCCUGAAAAUCCGAAACACGAUCAAUCAGAUUAUUAACAGCACGCAUAGUAAAGACACCGUUGCGAUGGCGACCAUGGCGUUGGCGUGCAUGAGAGAUAAAACGAAAAACGAUGCAAUCUGCAGCAAUGUGUUGAAAAAGACCAUCAAGGUAGCUACUAAUUGGAUGAUGACGAAGCAGAACAGUAAUGGGAGUUUUGGCAACAGUAUCACCACGGCCCACGUGGCUAAAGCCCUCCUAUCCGCUGGCAUUACUCCCAAUAGAUGGAACUGCCACAAAGCGUUGAACUUCAUCCUGCAGAGUCAAGGUAGUGAUGGUUCGUUCCAGACAUACAUAAUGUCAACAGCACAAGUCAUGCCUGUUCUGAUUGGCGCUAUUCCUAGUGACGUAACACAACUUGAAUGUCCCAGAAAUAUAACAGCAGUGAACAAAAAUCCAAUCACGGUGUGCGUUCGUUUGGAGUUCCUCACCACCUCUUCCGAUGGUAAACUAGGAACACCCCCUCCUCCUGUUUCCUUGACGGUCCUCAACGGCACCAAUACCUACGAUAUUCUUGUCCUCGCAUCGAAACAGCACGACUGUUACAAGUUCAACACCACCAUGAGUGCAUGGGGUAACAGUCUCACGUCUAUUUGUGGCGUGGCCAAAGAUCCCGCUAAUAAGAAGUACUGGAUGAUCUACUCUGACCCCACCACAUUGACUCCUACAGGGAUCGACUCGUAUCGCCCCAAGGAUGGUUCUUGUGUUAUUUUUAAGUACGAAAAACUUAACUUUCGUUAACAGCGCGGGUCAACAAGACUCCAGAAUUUUUAGUGGAUUUCGAUAAAAUUAUCGUUAAUUGACACUUUCUUUUUCGAAGUCUUUUCGUCAAAGGCAUAUAUCUUCCAUAUCAAACUUCGUAAGAAAAUGGCAGUGGGUUAAGAAAAAUUUAAAAAAACUUAAACGAAGUUUAACAGCGCGGGUUAAAAACUUGAGAUUUCAUAAUAGCUUCGAUAAAAUUAUCGAUACAUGUAUCA